AUGGAGGCGGUGCGGGCGCAGCGGCUGCAGCCCGGGGUGGGCGGCGGGCCCCGUGGGGCCCGGCCCGGCCUCACCGGGGCCCCCGCGGGGCUCGGACCGGCACCGGGAAUGGGUUCAGGCUUGGGGCCGGGGUUGGGGUUGCCGCCGCCGGCGCCCCCGCUGGGUCUGCAGGGCCCCCCCGCGCCCCCCGGGACGGGGAGCGGGGCCGGGGCCGUGCCUGGGCCGCCCGCCGUGCUGAGGGAGGCGGUGGAGGCCGUGGUGCGGAGCUUCGCCAAACACACGCAGGGCUACGGCCGCGUGAACGUGGUGGAGGCGCUGCAGGAAUUCUGGCAGAUGAAACAAUCCCGCGGGGCCGAGCUGCGCAACGGCGCCCUGGUGCUCUACGAGAUGGUCCCGGCCGCCAGCCCCCCUUACGUCUGCUAUGUCACCCUGCCCGGGGGCAGCUGCUUCGGCAGCUUCCAGUUCUGCCCCACGAAGGCGGAGGCGCGCCGGAGCGCAGCCAAGAUCGCGCUGAUGAAUUCCGUGUUCAACGAGCACCCUUCCCGCCGGAUCACCGACGAUUUCAUCGAGAAGAGUGUCUCCGAGGCCCUGGCAUCAUUCAACGGUAACCGAGAAGAGGCAGAUAAUCCCAACACUGGGAUCGGGGCCUUCCGCUUCAUGCUGGAGUCCAAUAAAGGAAAAUCCAUGCUGGAGUUCCAGGAGCUGAUGACGGUUUUCCAGCUGUUGCACUGGAACGGGAGCCUGAAAGCCAUGCGGGAACGCCAGUGCUCACGCCAGGAGGUUCUGGCUCACUAUUCCCACCGUGCUCUGGACGAUGACAUCCGGAACCAGAUGGCUCUGGACUGGGUGAACCGGGAGCAGAGCAUCCCGGGCGCCCUUUCCCGAGAGCUGGCGGCCACGGAGAGGGAGCUGGACGAGGCCCGGCUGGCCGGGAAGGAGCUGAGAUUCCACAAGGAGAAGAAGGACAUCCUGCUGCUGGCAGCUGGCCAGCUGGGCUCAGCACACUCCUCUGGCUGCUGAACCCCCAGGAUCCCACCUUCGGGGGAUCCUUCCCGGUGUUCCCAAAGCCCUUUCCUGAAUCCUGGGGCCCGUUUGCACAUUUGAAGGAAACUUAGGGGGGAAAAAAAGCUCCUGAAUGGAUUUUAGCGGUUUCAUCCCGGUUUUUACA